AUGCACCAAGAAAUGUACUUAAAAAAUGCUGCAGAAAUUAAUAAAGUGCGAGAGGUAGCGGAGCAAAUGGUAAAACAAGUUGAAGUAGUGGGAAAUGAAAAUGAGAAAUUAUGUAGCGAAAUAAAAACAAUAGCGAAGAAUAAAAGCAGUGUGACGCAACAGCAAAAAUCAUAUGCAAAUGUGUUGAAAAUGAGUGAUAACACACAAACAACUAGGGAGGUGCCGGAAUUUAAGAAACGCACUCCUAUCAUUGUGAAACCGAAAGCGAAACAAACGAGUGAAAAAACAAAACAAGAUUUAAAUAAUAAAAUUAACCCUAAUCACCUAAAAAUAACUGAUAUCAAAGCUGGCCAAAAUGGUGUUAUGGUGAUUGACAGUAUAGAUGAAAGUGAAAGAGAGAAAAUCAAAGAAAUUAUGGACAAACAAAUGAGUGAUAAAUACGAAAUAAAGAUCCCAAGGGACUAUAAACCAAGAUUAUUUAUAACUGAUAUGCACUUUGAAAAAAAUAGUGAUGAAUUGAUAGAAUGUUUAAAGAACCAAAACAAAUGCCUAGAGCAAGGCGAAAUAAAAGUUAUUAAACAAUAUAGUGUCAAAAAUAACACCAAAACCUAUUAUAACGCAAUUGUAGAGGUGGAUGAGUGUAUGUUUACUAGCGUUAUGAAGUUAGAUAAGCUAAACAUAGGAUGGGAAAGAUGCAGAUUUUACGAUGGUGUUAACGUGACAACGUGUUUUAAAUGCAAAGGAUACAAUCAUAAAGCGACCGAUUGUAAAAGUGAAGAAGUGUGCAGUAAAUGUCUGGGAAAACACAAAACCACGGAGUGUAAUGAAACUCCUAAAAACAAGUGUAUAAAACAGCAUAAAGGCUAA